AUGAGUGAUUUGCAAUAUUCAUCCAUAAUAAAAAAACUUCAAAAAUUAAUUCAAAAAGGUGAAAUAUUCCAAGUUGUACCAUCUCGAAAGUUUUUCUUACCUUGUAAUAAUUCAUUAGCAGCUUAUCAAGAAUUAAAAAAAAGUAAUCCUAGUCCUUAUAUGUUUUUCAUGCAAGAUGAAAGUUUUAUAUUAUUUGGAGCAUCUCCAGAAAGUUCUUUAAAGUAUGAUGAAAAAACAAGACAAAUAGAACUUUAUCCCAUAGCUGGUACUAGACCUAGGGGUAGAAAAAAAGAUGGAACUCUAGAUUUAGAUUUAGAUAGUAGAAUAGAACUUGAAAUGAGGACUAAUCAUAAAGAAUUAGCCGAACAUUUAAUGCUUGUAGACUUAGCUCGAAAUGAUCUUGCACGUAUUUGUGAACCAGGAUCUAGAUAUGUUUCAGAUUUAGUAAAGGUAGACAAGUAUUCUCAUGUAAUGCAUUUGGUCUCUAAAGUAGUAGGUAAAUUAAGAGGUAGAUUAGAUGCUCUUCAUGCAUAUUCUGCUUGUAUGAACAUGGGAACAUUAACUGGAGCACCUAAGGUACGUGCAAUGCAACUGAUUGCUGAAUAUGAAAAGGAAUGCAGAGGAAGCUAUGGGGGGGCUAUAGGUUAUUUUACUGAUUUAGGAAAUUUAGAUACUUGUAUAACAAUACGAUCAGCUUAUGUAGAAAAUAAUAUUGCAACAAUCCAAGCAGGGGCUGGUGUUGUUUUUAAUUCAAUCCCCCAAGAUGAAGUUAAAGAGAGUUUAAAUAAAGCAAAAGCUGUAAUAAAUGCUAUAAAAAAAGCACAUUCUAUAAAAGGAUUUUUUUAA